AUGGACAUCGUGGAGAAGGUCUUCUUGGUAGCGCAGAGCAUCUCGGCGCAGCUGGAGCAGGUGAAGUGCUGCAAGCACCAGUGCCAGCGGCUGGUGGAGCGGAUCCGCACCUUGCUGGAGCCCGUGCGCGUGCUCCGCGYGCAGCCGGCCGCGCGCCUCUCCUGCCACGAGGAGCAGCUGCUGAGCAAGCUGCUGCGCGCACUGGCGGAUGCCAACGGGCUCGUGGCCAAGUACAGCCAAGCGAGCUGGAUCCAGAAGUUCCUGUGCGCCCACAGCAGCAGCGAGGAGUUUGCGCGCGUCAASGAGAGCCUGGGGGACGUGGCGCAGGGGCUCUCGCUCCUGCUGCAGGCCGAGCAGAAGCAGGUCCUGCUGGAGGCCUUCCAGGCCAAGACCUGCCGCCGGCAGGACGCCGAGGACCUGCGCAACGACAGGGCUUUCGUGGACGAGGUGAUUGCGAGCACCGAGCCACCGCUGGGCGCCGAGUUCCCUCUCUCCAGGCGAGGCGUGGAGCGCCGGGUAGACUGGAUGCAGAGCGAGCUGCACAAAGUUGUGCACAUGAUGGAGUGCUUGAAGAAAGCGGACGUGGACAAAAGGGAGGACAUCACCGAGAUCCAGCGGGAGCAACUCACCUUCCGCCGGCACCUGCAGGACACCGAGAGCUAUGACCUCUACGAGGGAGAGUAUCUCAAGUACCCGGUCGCCAUCAAGACCUUCAAGAGGCCGCUCACCACUGACUCCGUGAAGGUGAGGGACAUCUUUGAGAAGGAGGUUCGCACGCUGAAGAAGUUUGAGUCGCCCAACAUCCUGCGCAUGUACGGCAUCUGCAUCGAGGAGCGAGAUGGGAGCCCUUGCUUCUCCAUCGUCAUGGAGUACUGCGAGCACGGGACCCUGCGCGAGGUGCUCAGCAAGCAGCAGCUCUCCUGGGACACGCGCCUGCGCAUGGCCCUGGGCGCCGCGCGAGGUCUCUACCGGUUGCACCAGACAGAAAAGAAGUCCAGGCUUCACGGGUGCAUCAACAGCAGCAAGUUCUUGGUGGCCGGAGAUUAUUGCGUGAAGCUGUCAGGAUUUGAGCUGUGUGAAACAGAGACGUCCAUCAAGAGGAAAGUCAAGAAGAAGAACUGGAACAAAGUCUCUACGCUGGCCUACGUCGCCCCUGAGAACUUGCAAGACAUCUGCUACCCCUAUAAGAGGCCCUAUGAAAUAUACAGCUUCGGCAUCGUGCUCUGGGAGAUUGCCACCUCCAAAAUCCCCUUUGAAGGCUGCACUCCGCAGGAGAUCCGGGAGAAGAUCUGCGAGCACCAUUACCAGGAGCCCCUGGGGGAGGACUGUCCCGAGGGCCUGAGGAAAACCAUCGAGCAGUGCCGGGCCUUCGAGCCCUCGCAGCGCCCUUCUGCCGAGCAGAUCGUGGACUCGCUGGCCGAGCUGCGGAGAAGCAGGAACCAAGGAGGCUGA